AUGCAAGGCCACCACGACAAAACUUCUUUUGCUCAACAAGAAGUCUCUCAGCCUGCUACCAAGGUUGACCAGAAGGCGCUUCUCAAGGAAUGCAAGCUUCCAGGAUACGAUGACGAGACUUCUUCAACUCAACCCAGAGAAUUUGAGCCGACUCUAUCACCCCUUUCGCAUCACUGCUACAAUGCGCAAGCCUCCGACACUAGUGACUCCUCUUAUUCCCACCACUUGGAUCAUGCUGCUCCUACGUUCGAGGCUCCUCAUGCUCAAGCCAAUCCCAGUUCUCAUCACAAUGGUUGCAGCACAACUUCAUGGUACGAGGCUUUACCCAAUGGCCACAAAUCUUCUCCGGACACUCAGGUUGCAGUGGCUUCCAACGCGACUCUAGACCCCGAAAUCAAGCAAGAAAAUCAAUUCACUGAAGUGGGAGUAACCAUAGAUGAACUUCUCGCCUUAAUCAAUCAGGAAAAGGAAAACGAUCGCCUUGCAAAUGAAAAUCACAACCCAGGAGGUUCAUAUUCUACCUACCGUCUCGCUCCCCUAAAUUCGGCAUCUAUGGACAUCUACCACGCGGACCAAUGCUCUGGUCCUGGUUCCCAGCCCCCUGGCUCCCUCAUUCGUAACGCUGAGAGUCCUUUAUUUGUGAGCCCCGGUCCCAUUCACGAAGAUACACCUGCAACGCCUGUGUGGUCCCCGCCUCAAAUUUCAUCUUAUUGUCCCGAAGGAUGUUGCUAUUGGUCCUCUGACGAAUCGGAGACUGAAAUUGCUGCGUCUCCUGAGCCCCAGUUUGAACGGGAACGGUCUGAUUCCAAUUUACCUUUGCAUGAAUCACCUCUGUUGCCUUCGUCCCCUCCCCAGGCCGCUUCUCUGCAAGAAGAUUUCACUUGGCGUUCGGACAAUGCCAGCGAGAUUGACGCUGACUUUGUUGUACCCUUUGAGCAUGUGUUUGCUUGGGACUACACUACUCCUGGCUCACCUCUACUGGAUUCACCUCUACCUCCUGCUCCAGCUGAUCCUUCUCCCGAGCGUCGUCCCAGUAAUCUUCGUGAAUAUUCCCAUGCCGAUGUGCCUCGGGUUGGAAUUCAUCCAUCUCAGAUUCCCCACGAUCUCCGGCUGACGCCGCUUACUUUCCGCCCAGAUUACAUUUCAUCUCCUGUUAGCUAUCCGAGACGACCGAGAGAUGAUAGAGCCAACAUUGGCAACGUCGAGCAAUCUCUUGUCCCACAGCAAUUGAACGUGAACAAGAGCAAAACUACCUUCACCAUGGAUGUCCCCGUCCGCGAAGUAUCUCUGCAUCAGACAGCCAUCCACGUGCCUGAGUCUACCAAUGGUGGACAUAGCCGCACGGCUUCCUUCGUCAACAAUGAUGUCGACAACACCCCCACCACCGCAACUCCGAGUCGUAUCACCCAAAGUCCUGAUGUCAGUAGCUCUGAGGGCUCUGAAGACUCGCGUGGAAUCAAGCGCAAGCGAUUUACCAAGAAUCUCUUUGGGAAGAAAGGAUAUCUAGAAGACAACGAGGGGCCACGCGACAAGAGAUUCCGCUUUCUGAAGGAGGCUCUCGAAAAGGGACAUUCAACCAUUGGCAAUAUCAAGGGAAUGUUUUGGGAUGAGAAUCGAGCUUUGAUCGGCUCAUCCAAGCCCAGCAUCGUCACUGAGAACACUGCCUCCAUCACUCUGAACACCGGGGUACAGUCAAUUCUGUACGCCGAGAUUGAAAACAUGAUUACCCACGCAGCCAAUGAAUUCCUGAUGAAGGAGUAUUACGAAGGCCACCUCAGCACUAGUUCUCUCCUCAAGGUGAAACGAAGAUGGGAGAAGAGGCACAUGCCUGGUGUCCCGGAAUUCCGUUUCGACCAAACUACCCAGUAUCGUCUUAUCAGCGCAAACCGCAAUCAUCUCAGCUUCGGCGAAACCACCAACGGCCUUGGCCCGAACACCGUUCUGGGUAACUGGAAAAAGAUCUGCAAGAACAUGAGCAUCCGCACCUUUGUGGCCCCCGAUUCGGUAGUCAAGAAGCACAUUCACGAUAUCCUGGAUCUCUUGGAGAUUUUGAAUGCUGAUCGAUGCCACCUUGAGUUGAUUAUGGCCCUCAAUGCGCACAUUCGUGGAGAGCUAAAGAAACAUGAGGUGAUGCAACACUACCGAGAUACUCAGACCUCUGGAAACUCUCGCUCUUGA